GGCUUACUAAGCGCAAUGAAGUUCAUCGAUGUCCUGCAUCGCUCGGCUGUGGUCGGACUGUUUGGUGUGACAAUCUACGGAGGUGGAUUCAUUGCUGUCCGUCUGAUGGACGUGAGAAGAAAAGCACGUGAACUCAAGGAAUAUGCUGAGCAGAAAGGUGUGAGCUACGAAGAUGCUGCCUUGCAGCUCGGGUACAAGAUUCAGGAGAAUCAAUCAUAAAGAGAUGUUUCAUCAAUAGAUUC